GUUGACCGAGAAGAAAUGGCUCCAACAAAGACGCAAAGUGCUGUGGCGUGGUCCAAACUCCAAACUGCAUAUAUACCGGUAAAACCGUGUUAAGGGGUGUGUGAUAGUUUCGGUGUCCCUCAUCUAAGUCACAGCAAUCGGCCAUGGCUCCACCUCUUCCACUCCUCCUCCUGCUGCUCCUGGCCGCCGUUGCCACAUGCUGCGCCGGCAGCUCAUAUGUUGUUUACAACGCCGCCGAGGAUGGCAGCAGCAAGACCACUCUGCGGCCAUCAGUGAUCUCCUGCUCAACGGCUGGCAACUACACCGACGGCAGCCAGUACCACGUGAACCUCUACAACCUCCUGUCAGCCAUCCCCAUGGCCGCCGCCAACAAUGGUGGUUUCUUCAACGGCACGUCCGGGACAGCAGGCGAUCAGGUCUUCGGCCUCUUCAUGUGCUACACCGGCUACUCUGGCAGCGAGUGCCUGGGCUGCCUCAACCGCGCACCCGAUAGGACCAUGCAGUUGUGCCCACACAGCCGGAAGGUUCGCGCCAUCUACAACGCCUGCACCCUCCGGUACUCCAACGAGCCCUUCUCCUCUGUCGCCGACCUGAGCAUCGCUUACCACGAGCAACUAACCAUCCCGUACGGAGAUUCGUACAAGGGCACCGUACUGGUAGGGAACAUCGUUGACACGACCGUCAUGAGAAGCACGAGGUUCGAGCUGAUUCGUCGGCUCACGGAAAGAGCAAGCCGAUGGGCCACGCGGAUCGCCGAGGGCCGCCAGCAGUUCACCGACACACAAUUUGUGGCAGGGGCGGCGCAAUGCAUGAGGAACCUGCCGGCGAGUGAGUGCACGCGCUGUCUCUCCAACUACACCGAUCUGCUGCCGCGAUUCUUCCCGAACAACAGUAGUGGCGUCAUCAAGGGGUACAGCUGCUACCUGGGUUACGCCAUCUUCACUGACAAGCCAUCGGCACUGCAGCUGGAGCCAUACCCGUGGAAUGAGGAACAGGAGAGGGAGCAACAGGACAGGGAGGAACAGAAGAGGGAGGAACAGGAGAGGGAGAGGGCAUCCGAGCGUAGAAAACGCCAACGAAUCGUGGGCAUCAUUGCAGCUGUGGUUGCCGGCGCCGUUGCGCUCGUUCUUUGUCUGAUCGGUCUGUCGGUUUGCUUCCUAUUGUACCGACAGAGAAGGCGGAAGGUCACAGCCGCGAGAUUAGAGCUGGAACAACCGCUGAAAGACACUGUCUACUUCCGUGGCAAAAGCGUCGAUCAAGACGAGCUCGAGCAAGGGACUGGGCCCCGACAAUUCACUUAUGACGAGCUCAUGCUCGCCACCGAUGGCUUCUCCGAUGGGAAUAAACUGGGCGAAGGAGGCUUCGGGUCCGUGUACCGAGGUUUCCUCGGCGACGCAAACCUUCACAUCGCCGUGAAGCAAGUGUCCAAGAGCUCCCGCCAGGGCUGGAAGGAGUUCGUCUCCGAGGUGAGGAUCAUCAACCGGCUCCGGCACCGGAACCUUGUGCAGCUUCUUGGGUGGUUCCAUGGCGGUGACGAUGACCUCCUGCUCGUUUACGAGCUGAUGCCCCACGGCAGCCUUGAUAGCCAACUCUACAAGCCAGGCCACCUGCUGCCAUGGUCAGUGAGGUACGAGGUCGGGCUCGGGCUCGGCUCCGCGUUGUUAUACCUGCACGAGGAGACAGAGCAACGCGUGGUGCACAGGGACAUCAAGCCUAGCAACAUGAUGCUGGACGCGUCAUUCAACGCCAAGCUAGGCGACUUUGGGCUUGCAAGGCUCAUCGUUGGUGACGGUCGAGGCUCGUGCACAACAGGUGUGGCUGGGACGCUCGGGUACAUGGACCCGAAGUGCGUGUUUGAGGCCACAGCCAGUGUCGAGUCCGACGUGUACAGCUUCGGUGUCGUCCUGCUCGAGAUCGCCUGCGGCAGGCGGCCGGCGGUCGACGAUGGUGAUGGAGCUGUCAUCCACCUGGUGCAGUGGGCCUGGAAGUAUUAUGGUGGACGAGCAAUCCUAGAGGCGGCUGAUGCCCGGUUGGAUGGGGAGUUUGAUGGGCAAGAGAUGGAGCGUAUGUUGGUAGUCGGGCUCUGGUGUAGCCACCCUGACCGCAGCAUGAGGCCGUCGAUCAGACAGGCCAUCGGUGUGCUGCGGUUUGAGGCGCCGUUGCCGAGCCUCCCAUCAAAGAUGCCCAUUGCGACAUAUGUGCUGGCUGAGGAUUCUUCCGGUUCCAUGAGGGGCAGCACUGGCGGCAGUGACACCAGCACCACUCAUGCUGCAGCUCGAGAAGAACUUGAUUAGGGAACUACUGCAUUGCUGAUCUGGGCCUUUUAUGAUUUUGCAGGAAUGGGUAUAUUAUAUGUACGAAGAAGAAAUCUUUAUAUAUAUAGGAUUGAACUGAAACAAGCCCUGACAAUAUUGUUGAGGGAAAAUAGUAAGCAUGUCUUACUAUGUGCAUUUUAAAAUAAGGUUUGUGUACAACAGGGCGACUGUUUUUCUGUUUCCCUUGCUAACUGGACAGAGGCCUAGUCAUUUUUGGUGAAUUCAAAGAACAUUUCAUGAAAA